AUUAUUCGCUGCAUGCCUAGGCUGCCUCCUGACGACUCAUGCAACUUUUUGGUCUCAGUCUCAGAACCGGCAACGCGACAUCUGCUCGACUGGUGGUGACCCAGUGCAGGGGCCAGAACCGACCUGCCAGGCCUGCCCGCACAAGCUGAUCUACGCGUCAAACCGAGCCUCACAACACGCACAUACAUACACACUCCCACACAGCCAUGUUCAGCCGGACACGCCAAGAUGGAUGCCGAAGCUUCAACAUCUCCGCUUGAGCUCGAGCGCUCCAUUUCACAAGCCUCCGCCGCCUCGAUAGCCGAAUCAGACAAGUCCCUUGUCUCCUUCCCGAGCUUCUCGCCCGUCUCCCCGCGCGACGACGACGCACCCAGCACCCCGUCCUCGCCCUCGCCCGCCCCAGCUGCCGUGGACGGCGCAGACGAGGCCACCCCGAGCGCGAGCGCGAGCGCUGCUGUCCCCUUCAUCCAACCACCUCCGCCACUGCGGGAGGAUACGCCGACGCGCCCCUCGGCCAUCGUCGAGACGCUCCUGACCACUGCAGACAAACCCUUGGCCUCUUCGACCCGCCCACGGACCGCCCUCUUCGAGGAUGACACGCAUGUCUUCCAGCAGAACCUGCCGGGGGCCCUGCAUGUGGCAGACGAUGCACAUCUCAACCGGCUCAUAGAGCGGCAUGGCGCCCUGGGCCUGGUGCGCUCCAUAGCCGAGGACCUCGCCGCGCGUGACGCCCAGAUAUCGGCCCUGCGGCGGCGCUCUGAUGAACGCGAGAGGGCUCUACGGAAGAUCAUUCUGGAGUGUGGCUUGUCCAACAUGGAUCUCGAGACCAGGCUGAAGGCCAUCGAGCGCGAGGCCAGGAACUCGGGGGCGCGGAAGGGGGGCGUGGAGGAGUUGGUCGAGGACGCCAUGUCGGAAGACUUUGCACGUGGCCCGGGCCUAUACGCGGGGGAGAACGGGGCCACGAUCCGUGUUAGGAACACGUCGAACGCGGCAGACACCGAGAACAAGUCCAAGGGCUGGAAGGAAUUCCUCUGGGGGUCCAACAAGGCCACGGGCAGCAGGGCGAGCAGCGUCAACGGCGACACUGGCAAGCAGACUGUCGUCAGGGCGCCGGCGCCUGACCGCAGGCCGACGAUACAGGAGGAUUUGUUCAACCCGCCGGAGCAGGCCUCGGCCAAGAGCUCGAGCCGCGCCUCGAGUAUUCACUCCGUGAACACCAACAGGAAGACUUCCUUGGCAAGUUCCGUGCUGCGCAUGGUUGCGGGUGGUGGGGCCUCUGUAGGACGAGACUCCGAGUCUAGGGGGCGAGCCCACAGUACGAACGCUGCCGCUUCGCUACGGACUCCAUCCGCCUCGAGCGCAAAGACGAGCACCUCUGCCAGAGCCGUUUCCAAUCAGGGAGGCCCUAGGGGGGCGCUGGCGGCCAUGCGCCGCACUGCUACCCAGCACAACAUACAGACUGUUUCUUCUGCCCGCACCCAGGCGCAGGAACGGUGGGACACGAUGGCAACGGAUCCCUCGGGUGAACUGGCUGUGCGCCAGGAGUCGUUUGGACCCGUCGAGAUGGACAGCAUCCUCCCGCCUGAGGAGCAGCCGCCCACCCUCACACGGCUCUACAACAACUACGCCGGCUCAGAGUACCUGACUGACCGAUUCGGGUUCAUCUACGACCAGCGACGAAAGAAGAGGCAGCGCGAUGCUCAGCAGAUGGUGAAGCAAUUCAAGAGAGGGAGUCGUACAGAAACGCUGUCUAAUGGCCGCGUCAACAUGUCGCCCGUGUCAGCUGAGGAUGUUGGCAGCAUGAAGUGGGAUGCCGGAAGCGAUGAACGGCCAAGCACGCCAUCGUCGGCCGAGGACGCCCGCGACGAGAGCCGACCUAAGAGGUGGCAGGACUAUCUGAAGAUUGCGACAUUCAACACCGAGCUGCUGUCACAUACCCCGUCGAUUAGUGCGCCGACGAUCGAGGUAAUGGAGGGCGGCGAGAUACCGAUGCCCAGGUCCCCUGCCUUGAUUGCUGUCGAAGAUGACCGUGGCUUCAUCCCACCCGCCAUAACCCCCACGGCCGCGGUGAGCGAGGAGCCCGUUACCGUGGCGGAGGAGCCAGCGUCUGGCACCCUGGUCAAGGAGGAUGCCGAGCCCGUCAGAAUUCUGCUCCAACAACUUAGUGAGGUGCACGACGGACUGCAGCGGGAGAAGACUGUCCGUUGGAAUGACUUCCUGCGCAAGGUCAGGGCCGAGCGGCGGCGCGAAGGCGAAGCUGCCAACGCCUCUGCCGCAGAAGCUGCCGCGGCACGAUUCCAAAAGGCCACGGCCAUGAUGCCGGAGGCGCGGGUGGCUGACGGCGAGCUGAUUGGCGUUGCCAACUGGGCCAACAAGGGCAAGGUCGGCCGGGCAAAGUGGAAUGAAUUCAACCGCCUGGUGCUUGGCGGCAUACCUGUCUUGAUAAGAUCCAAGAUCUGGGCCGAAUGCUCGGGUGCGCUUAACAUGCGCGUCCCAGGCUACUAUGACGAUCUUGUCAACCGUACCGAGGCGGACGACAACCCAGAAGUGGCUCAGCAGAUCCGCGCCGACAUCAACCGGACCCUGACUGACAAUAUCUUCUUCCGCAAGGGACCGGGCGUGCAGAAGCUCAACGAGGUGCUCCUGGCAUACUCCCGCCGCAACCCCGAAGUCGGCUACUGCCAAGGCAUGAACCUCAUCACUGCCAACCUGCUUCUCAUCAUGCCUUCUGCUGAGGAGGCGUUCUGGAUCCUGGUCUGCAUCAUCGAGAAGAUCCUCCCGUCAGGCUACUACGACCAUAGCCUCCUGGCCUCCCGGGCGGACCAGCAAGUCCUGCGCAGCUACGUGGCCGAGGUCCUUCCACGACUCUCGGCGCACUUUGACGACCUGGGCAUCGCUCUCGAGACCAUGACGUUCCAGUGGUUCCUGUCCGUCUUCACCGACUGCCUGUCGGCCGAGGCGCUCUUCCGGGUGUGGGACGUGGUGCUGUGCUUUGGCGACGGCAGCACGUUCCUGUUCCAGGUGGCGCUGGCGCUGCUCAAGCUCAACGAGCAGCAGCUCCUGGGCUGCGACAGCCCCGCGGCCGUGUACACCUACAUCAACCACCAGAUGACCAACCACGCCAUCAGCAUCGACGGCCUGAUCCAGGCCAGCGAGGGUCUCAGGAGGGUGGUCAGGCGCGAGGACGUCGACGGGAGGAGGGACAAGGCCAUCGAGGCGGAGCAGGAGCUGGUGCGGCAGCGGGAGGAAAGGCUGAGGCUUUAUAAGGAGAGGAAGGCCGCUACGGCCGCGGCGGCUUCGGCCUCGGCGCCGGCUGCUAUCGACACGUUGCCAGAGGAGCCGCCAGCCGCGCUGGACGAGGAGGACACGCCCACGACCACGGCGGCGACGGGCGAGACGGAUACUGCUGAGAGCUCGACUGUGGAACUGACCGCGCAGGAGCCAGCGCCGAUCGAAGAGGAGAGUGGCUAAGCGAAUCCAAUUGAUUACUUUGUUUUGAAUCGUGGGGAGCAUGAGCUUGUGUCUGUCUGUCCCUCUCCCUCCCCCCUCCCCCCGUCGUUCCUUGGACACAAGCUCGGAGUAUGUUUCUGGGACUGCAGCAUAUCAUCGGAGGGCCCAUUUGUUGUUGACUUUUGCUUGUUUUGCUCUUCACCAGACAACAGUCCAUCACGCAUGAUACCCCCAACUUUCCCUUGUCGAUAAAUUCCAUAGCCAUCAACACUCAUGAAGCAAGAUAACACGCACCAACUAGCCAUCGUCAUUUUGUUACAACAUUGAAUCCCUUCUGCGUUUCUCGCUUGCAGCGUGCAGCAUGCAUGCAUCAUUGCGAAAUAUUCUCGUUCACGGUCGGUUGUCGGCCGGAUUGCUGUCUCAGCUGGGGGCUUCCGACUUCUUAUCGAUGUUGGCAUUUGAGGCGGCGAGCACGCAAUCCAAUCCCUCGCAUCCAUGAAUGCCCCCUCCCCUCGACUCAAGCAACGAAAUGGUCGCUGCCAAGCACUGAAGAUUCGAACAGCAUUCAAAAUCCCCCACCCGGCUUUUCUCCCCUUUUUUUGAAACCAAGCCAUACGAACAAGACUGGAUCCCAUUUGUAGGUGGAUAAGGCGCCCAUUGGCCCGCCCGUGGUGUUGCGCCAUAUCGCAUCUUGUUGCACAAUGCUCUCAAUGCCCGGAAGACAAGUCUUCUCGUCUUAGCCCGUCAAAGUCUCCACGUCUUUCCCGUACACAGUACACAACCACCCCCCCCCCCCAACUCAACGCCUCCUCCUGCGUCUAGUUCAGCUGAAAGCUGUUCUUGAUGUCUUGGGAAACUCGC